AUGACGGAUCCGUUGGAGGCCAUCUUGGCGUCGAUGGCGGCGGCUACGGGCAACGUAACUGCGCCUCAGACGGUCCGAUCCGCCGCCACUCCAGCUGCAGCACCCAAGUCGAAGAGUAACAAGCGCGAGCGCGAGGCGACCGUCUCGUCCUCGUCGAGUAUCUGGAAUCCGCUGGAGGAGAUGCCGCUGGACGCUGAUGCUCUCAGGAAACUAGAAGAGGCCGCUAAGACACACACAGUCACUCCGUCCAUGGAGAUCAUGCGGCAGCAGACCAUUCGUGGUCUCUGUCGCAAAAUUCGAGCUGUCAGCGAGGAUCUCGGCAUCGCAAAGCUGCCGAAUUCGGUCUACGAGGCAUGGCAGCUCACGUCACAGCUCACGGUAACAAAGCACGACCCGCUGAUACCCCAUGCUGGAAGCGACUACAGCGGUCUGUUGGAUGAGCUGUGCAAGGCUGGUGCCACCAAGUCUGCAGCUACGAGGAAGUGCAAGGAGAUCACGAGGGAAUCCGAGCGCAUGCGCCGCAAAUUCGACCAGCAUGACUUUGUGGCUGGGAAGAAGAAAAAGGUGCAAGUGACAGUGAUCGAGCAUGAUAUGCACCACUUGACGUAUGGAAACGUGACGGUGAAGGUCAGUGCAGCACACUUUGCCAAACUGCGCGAGAUGUAUGCGCGGAGGCUAGAACAAGGUGUGAGCAGAUCAACGAUGACGCCAAACGAUCAACGUCAGUUUGAAAGUGCAUUGUUUUGCCUGCUGCUUCGAUAUGACUCGCUGGAUGGAGGAGGUUUUCAGGCUGCGCUGAACGAGGAGUGCUUUGAUGUGCUGCUGAAAGAUUUUGACUGCAAAAUGGAGUGUUUUGCCUCGCCACUGAAUUGCCGCUACUCGCGUUUCUGCAGCGCUUUCUUCGACACGGAUUUUGCGUUUGGAAGUGUGGGCAGCUUCUUUGAUUUCUCGCCUCGCUCUGGAUGCUUCGAAGCCAACCCGCCUUUUAUUCCCAAGGUCAUCAAACGCAUGGCAGAAUAUAUGACAGCGCUACUCAAUGCUGCUGAUGGGCCCUUGACAUUCAUCGUCAUCAUCCCGGCAUGGCGAGAGACUGAGGGAUGGAAAGGACUGAAUGCCAGUCGGUUCAACCAGGCGCAUGUCAGUAUUCCGCAGAAGCAGCACGGCUACUGCGAGGGCAAGCAGCAGAUCCGGAAGACCCGUUGGCGUAUUGCAUCGUUCGACACGAGUGUCUUUUUCUGGCAAAACGCUAAGGCGUGCAGCAAGUGGCCCGUGACAGCAGAGAAGCUCGAUAGGCUAAAGCGUGCCUUCAGGUCAAAACAAGUCGAGGAGCGUGACGCACUGGGUCUUCGCAAGUCGGGCAAGCGAGUACGCUCGGCACGUGAUACCUUACAAGGAUAG